CAAUAUGAUACUAAAGUCAUCUAAAAGUGGAGUAUAGUGGGCUAGAUCAGGCUAGAUCGUCACUGAUCAUCAUCAGCGUAAUUCAGCGUACUUCUCUCUCUGAUGUUAGCGUUUUAUUACGAAGUUACCUCGUAUCGUUCAUAAGAAAAUUGUAAAGCUUUUUCAGUGUGUAACAAUUAAAAGGUUAGACGGGCGAUCGCCUCGCAUCGGGAAAGGGCACGGUUGAUCUCGAGCGGAGAUUCUUAAGCACGAGUCAUCAGCACGAAGGACACUAACGAGGGACACAUGUAAAAUCUUGAAAUUUAUUCAUUACCUUUACUCGACGUUUCUCCGAAUGAUCGUCACUGCCUCGGGCGUUUCACAGUGCGAAUCGUAACAUCGCUUGUAAUUAUAAAGCGCCAACGUAGCAAUAAUUCUCUGAUGCGUUUGACGUGAAAUUAAAUGUAAGAUUUAUGCGAAAGUAAAUAUAUAUAUAUCCAUAGAUAAUAUUCGGAAAAGUUUUGUUACACCGAAGAUCCGAGUAAUUCAAGAUGUUGGGAAAAAUUGCAGAGGUGUCUUAUUUAAAACACCUAAUUCAGCAGUUCCCCCAAAAUAUGAAAUUUUGCUUCGCUUAUGGAUCAGUACAGGCCUAAAUCAUGACAACAAUGGACUCGGAUUCGGCGAGCCAAGAUAGCGAUGAUGGACGGCGGUUUCGUUUCGAGACUACACGUAAGGACUCGGUUGCAUCAAUAGACACGAUGGAAUCGUUGAGAAAGGAAUCCAAGCAUAAAUCCCAAUGCGAAAACAGUAAGCACUAUCGGGAGAAAAAAGAACGAUCGAAAAACGAGAGCGGUAGAAAAAUGGACCAUAAGGAUUUCGGACAUUCCGUGAAACAUUCGAAACACGAAUCGAGGAGCUCGAAACAAGAAAAUAGCAGGGAUGCAUCCACUGAAUCUGCCUCAAACGAUAGAGAUUCGAAGAAUUUCAGUGGCGAUGAUACAUGGGAAAGAUCGCGAGAUUCAAAAUGGCAAACUGGCAGAAAUCGAAGCCAGUCGCAACGAUCGCGAGAACGUUCAUACGACAGGAAUCAUCACGACGAUAGACAUAGAAGUCGGUGUCACGAAAGGUACAAACAUCGUUCUCGCGAUGGAAGUCGGGACAGGUCUCAUCAGUCAAGCAGAAUCAAGUCUUCGAACAGUGAUCACUGGUCUCGAGACGAUCAUGGAUCAAGGAGACACGAUUCGUUGAAGAAGACAUCGGUAAAAGAGAACAGGUCGCAAAAUUUCAAAGAUCAUUUCUCGCCGAAGAAUGUCGAGCAAACGCGCAGCUAUAACAAUGCCCAUUCGAGCAUUAAUCUUGAAAGGAAUCCAUCAGUAAAGAGAGACAUACAGGACUCGAAUUUGUCGCAGUUUGACGUCUUCGAGACUGACGAAAAUGCGUCUGGUAAUCGGAAUUCCAGGAGUCCAACAUUAUCCUUACGCUCGCGUAACACCAAGUUAAAACUUAAAAGGCACGAUUCGAAAACUGAAGUCGGAAACUCGACAAAACGAACGAGAGAGGACGAUGACGAAACAAGUAAGAUGGAACAACGGGAAGAAUUGAACGAGGUAAAACGAAGGAAUGACACAAGAUCUGGUUCGAAUAAUAAUAUUCCUAGUACCAUUUCAGAUUCCUCAUUGAACGCUGCAUUAUCCGCGACACUUCCGAUAACAAAAGAAAUUUGGAAGGAGAAUUUGGAGGGAGAAAAUUCCGGAUACUGCGAGCAGGAGAAAACGAUUGCUUACACUAAUACUAGCAAAUGUCCGAGUUUGGAAGAAAGAUACCCGCGAUGUCUUAACGUUUCCUCCGAUGAUACGCAGUUGUUAGAAAAAGACGCAAAACGAAUGGUAUAUGGUCCACUUUUGCCACCAGGAUUUCUGCCCGACACUUUCGACAGUGAUAAGUUUGAAGAGAUAUCAACUGUUCACGAUGAAAACAUUGACGAAAAUGACAAAAGCGAUUUGAUCGGACCUCGCUUGUCACCUCGAUUAAAUGAAGAGGAAGAAAGCAAUAUUGCGAAAACCAUCGCUACAUCUACAGCGAAAGGAAACGUCACUUUUGGACCAGCAUUACCGCCACAUUUGUUACAGCAACAAUGUAGAGAUAACUCUCAAAAUGAGAUUAUCGGACCUGUACUGCCGACUACUGCAAAAUUAUGUGAAAAAGAUUCGGGUGCGUCUUCGGAAUCUGACAAUGAUUGUGCAAUAGGUCCGUUGCCUAUGGAUCAUCCAGCUUUAAGAAACAACCGUGUGUACGAACAAUUAAAUUUGAGAGCACAAAAAAUUAGGGACGAAAGAUGUUUGGAAACGAUUGAUGUGAAAAAUCAACGUGAAGAAUGGAUGACCGAUUUACCACCAGUUCAAGCUGCUAAUCUCGGAUUAGGCCCGCGCAAGUUCAAGCUUCGAGAUGGUCCAGAUAUUUCGGACAGAUCGUGUUGGACCGAUACCCCUGCACAAAAGGCUCAAAAGCAAAAAAGCUUGGAGGCGAAAGUAUACAAUAACGCGAUAGAAUCAGAUACAAAAUACAACGUGAAAGACUCUCUCAAAGAAAGCACAAGGCAGCACAAAGGCAAAGAACGCGAAAAAUCAUUGUUAGAGAUGCACCAAAAAAAAGUUGCGAAAAGAAAAAAGAAUGAAGAAGAAGAGGCGAAGCGAACUGGAAUAUCGACAAGAAGGCCAUUCGAUAGAAACACUGAUCUGCAAAUUCGCUUCGAUCAAGCGCAAAAGAAGACUGUUUUGCUAAAAGCACGGUUGCUCGAUGAUAGAUUCUCGCGCGGACAAAUUUAAUAUUCGAAGAGCGGCAUGAAUAGUAAUAGAAAUGCGAUAACUGUAAAUAAUAUGAAAUUAAAUUUGAUAUCAAGUAUAAUUGUUACAGAUUAGUGCCUUGAAUUAGGAAAAUGUUUACUAUCUCUGUCGAUUAAUAAUAAUUUAAACAUUUAUUUAGCUAUUAGUUUAGCUUUAUAAUUCGUACUUUUCUAUUGUGAUAUUUCAUACAUAAUAUUUAUAAUUGCAGACAAUAUUGAACAGAAAUUGAUUGUUUUGAAAUGUCAUUUUAAUUAUAAUUCUCGUAAAAGAUUUGCAAUGUUCCAUGCGUGCAAUCUAUUGGAAAGAAAAUGCAUCACAUCGAUCAAAGUUGUUACUGUCAACUUGACUAAUUAAUUUCAUAUUAUUAUGACGUGUUAUAAAACAAAUGUAUAAUAUAUUUCAGACAAAGCUUUUGCAAUUAUUACUUUCCCUCCAAUAUUUAUCAUAUUUAUAACACUACGAUAAUAUAUAAGGUACAAAUGAACAGUGAUAUUAUAAAUGUAUAAAAAUAUACGUAUCUAUCA